UUCUUUUUAGUCUUAUAACUUAAGUGGAAAGACUGUCAACUCUUUUGACAAUUGCACAGUUAACUUGGUUUCUAAGAAGAUGAAAUAUUAGUGCAAACAAGUCUACCUGGAGUGAAGAUAAAAUUGAAGAUUUUGGGGUUUUGUGCUAGAGCUCCUAAUCGUCAUGAGACAGAAAUUGGGUGCAGAACGUUGUUUGGUGUUAAGCGCUUGUUUGAAUGUAUGGUGGAAUAUCGUCAAGUCAGCAAUUGGCAAUAUUAUUUUUUGGAAGAAGGUUACGAUCACUUGCGAAUGAUUUCAUGGCUGAGCAUUUUGUUCGGCAAAGAAGAAGAAGAAGAAUUCCUUGCUUAUAUCAUUCAGGGCAGAGAUUGAAAUGGAGUAAAUAACAGCGUUUUUCGAAGGGAUUUGUUAUCAACAGAGAUGGUUCCCACGAAGUAGCGCCAGAGCUGAUGUUUAGGGUCUAUGAGGAACCAAUUGAUGCACUCUCGGAGGGAUCCCAGUCAGGGACUCGUUCCUCUUUGAGCUGUGGAAUGUGUUUUCGGAGGGUUACCACAGUUUGAGUUUGCCCUCAAACGAAAAUCACACGUCCUUAUGACCCAGUAGAUUCGGAAAUAACUGAAAAAGUCCUCAGGGAAGGUCUUUCCCUAAAUAUCAGUUUCCAGCAAACUCAAUCCAUGCGACUGGGACAAAGUUUUUUGACAGUCUAGACAUAUUUUGACGUUCGAGUUGAGCAUGAUCGUCAUUGCAUUGCUCUGGUUCUGAACAGCUGCCAACAUUCAAUCGUUUAGGCAACGCAGGAUGGGGCGGCAGGAUUCGGCCUCUGGUGCCGAAUCCAAGCUCCUGCACUAUACUGCUCUUCUAAAUCACGAUUUAAGCCAACGACCACGUGGAUCGCGGAAAAUCCUUUAUUCGAAGGCAAUCUCAGGAGUGAGCAAAAUGUUUGGGACACUCCGUGCUAUGGAAAGGCCGAGGAGGAUUGACACGGCGAGGGCCGAGCUACCUAUCCUCAACUUGGCAAAGGUUCGACACAAUUUAACUGACGAAGCAGAGCUCGCUACAGGAUUUAACGGCGAUGAUUCAUUUUUUGAUCAGAAGCUGGAGGACAUACCUCUGAAUGAAGCUGGUGCAAGUUCAUCAGUCUCUGCUGAACCUUCAGGGAUCCAGGACAGGGCGAAGGGUACCAAUGCCACACAGCGAUCUCCGAAAACCGGGUUGUACAUUGACGAAAGAGCUCAGAGCAUAUCCAAACUUAGCCAGGCAGCUAAUCGAGAGAAGACGCUUUCUACUAAGCAAACUACCUCCACUUCACAUCCUUUUUUUCCUGCGUUAUACUUUCCUUACACGCCAAGUCAGACUCGCAGGAGAGCAAAUUUGAAGGGGUCUACUUUGCAUAGCUUGAGCAAAGGUGGGAGUCUGUCGAAUCGAGGAAUGACAGCGCCAGGCAAUUCAGAAUCUGGGUUGACUAUGAGAGAAGUAACAGAACGAGGUAAUGAGCCCAUUGAACCUGCUACAGGAUUUUUACUAACCAGACGAGAGGGUAGAAUAGAGUGCCGCAAACCGCAGACCUCUGAAGGAGGUGCGAAGGCAGACGAUGGGGCCUCAUGUGCCGAGCCACGAAAAAAUCCGGGAAUCUUCAAGCAGAAUUGGCAAUCUGGGAGGAGCAUCAUGAGUGCAGGAAAUCACAGCGCUAGAGGUUUUUUGAAUGCAGAAAGGAUGCAAAUGGAGGAGAAGAAAAAGAUGAAGCUUAAAACAUCCAGACCUCUGCCGGAAGACAUUAGCGCAGAGAGCGAGGCAUGCCACAGGCCGAAAAGGGGGAGCAACUUGGUACGCCCAGUGAAAUCCCAGAAGGCUAUUGGGGCAAAAGUAGGUCUCAAAGAAGGCACAGAUCGUCGUCCUACCCGCAAACACCUUGCGUUACAAAGAGGUGCGGAUGAAGUUCAGGGUGAAGAUGGAAGCUUAGAUUCAGCCACCCACAAGCAGCCCACUUGUUUAAGUGCACUUGUUCAGCAGAGUAGUAAAGCAAUAAAGCCGCCUAAGCUCAAUAUCGCCUCAUGCCAGACUACUGUACCACUUGGAUUUGGUGGAAACCCUAUCGACAGUGCUCAAACCUCUAGAUCUUCUGUGGAAAGGCAGGCUGCUGCUGAGGCAAGUCCAAGAUUGGUAAUUACUGAAAGGGGCACGUCUCGGAAGUCGAUGCUUACAUCUCUAAUCCAGAGCCGUGAUCAUAAAUAUGAUACUGCAAUGCCUGCUUUGGGGAGCCCGGGAAUAGGUUCCUCUCCUGAAAUGGUCCUCAGGCAGUGUGGACAACAUUUGAACGAGUUUGAACAGAGGGAAAUCCUUCCUUACUCUCAAAUUUAUUACCUAGGCCUGGAAAGCGAUAAGAUCCAGCCUUCCACUACCCUUGGCACCUGCAACUUUGGUUAUGACGAUGAGAGAGGCGACUACAAUGUGGUGAAUCACGACCAGCUUGCGUAUAGGUACGAGGUGUUAGGAACAUUGGGCAAGGGCAGUUUCGGUCAAGUUCUCAAGUGUAGUGAUCAUAAGUACAAAGUUCUGAGAGCCAUAAAAAUGAUCCGUAAUAAAAGGCGAUUUCAUCAGCAAGCUCUUACAGAGGUCAAAAUCCUGGAGCAUUUGAGAGAUAAGGCUAAGGAGGAGUCCAGCAGCACCAACAUCGUGACAAUUUACGAGUCUUUCUAUUUCCGCAGCCAUCUUUGCAUCACUUUUUCCCUCCAUGACAUCUCUCUCUACGAACUCAUCAAGCGCAAUAAUUUCCAGGGCAUAAAUCUGGUUGUGAUCAAGAGCUUCGCAAGUCAGCUGCUACAAACCCUCCGGUACUUGCGAAAGUUGAAUGUGAUUCACUGUGAUUUGAAGCCUGAAAAUAUCCUACUGCAGCAUCCCGCAAUGUCAAAGAUAAAAGUCAUCGACUUCGGAUCUAGCUGCUUCAGCCACGAAAAAGUUUAUACUUACAUACAAAGCCGAUUUUACCGGUCGCCUGAAGUAAUUCUAGGGCUUCCUUAUGACACGAAGGUAGACAUUUGGAGCUUUGGUUGCAUUCUAGCUGAGCUUUUCUCAGGGUACCCUCUCUUUCCAGGAGAGAACGAGGUGGAGCAGCUGGCAUGCAUGAUGGAAGUCUUGGGCCUGCCUUCGAGUGCCGUCCUCGAAAAUGCCACGCGCAAGAAAAUGUUUUUUGAUAGUAAUAACUGCCCAAGAAUAGUUUCCAACUCAUGGGGGAAGAAACAUUGGCCAGGCACCAAGGAUCUGGCUACCGCCAUAAUGUGCAAGGAUCUAAUGUUCGUAGACUUUUUGGAGAGUUGUUUGAGAUGGGACAAGGACGCCCGAAUGACCCCAGAUGAGUUAAUGCAACAUUCCUGGAUGAUUGGGCCCACAUCUCAAGUGACUCCACAAAGGUCUCCAUUGCGACCAUCAAACUUGGACUCCUCCAAGAGAAGAUCCAUCAAGUCUUCCGGUCGUGAAGACGUACCGCAGCGUUCUCACAAACAAUCCAAGCCAAGCUGGAGCUCGAGUCAUCUAUCGACCAUCUCCACAAAACCACAAUCCAGUGGAGGUGAGGCGUCAUCGAAGGCGAACCAGGGAGUGGGAAAUCUCCCAGCUGCGUUGCCAUCGACCAGCAGUGGGGGAGGCUCUCAGGGCAAGAAGAAACCACAAGACUUAAACUUGUUCCUCCCCUUUGAGAAGCUGUGGGAUCCUGCGUCUCCGCCAAGCUCCCACGACAGCCCCCACGAGAGCUCCCCCUCGCAUCCAAGAGCCUCACCCUUGAAUCCCAUCACUGCAAGGAAAAGCGCCGCAACUCUGUGAAAAAUACAACUGAUAGACAGUUAUGUGAUCCUCAAACUGGGUCUUUUCUGCAAGCUUGUGUUAUGCUGCAGCAUUUUGUUUCACAUAAACCUGUUGUGUUGGACUUGAAAGGAAGAAGAUGAUGAACAUGAUGAACAUGAAGUUCUCCUUGAUAUUGCUUUUGCAUUUGCUAAUGUGGGAUUCAGGUUUCACACGAGAUGCAGAUCUUGAAGCUCCACAUACAUUGCUUCCAGAACCAUUCUUCUUAUUGUAAAGAAUUCUCUACCACCAUGGUAUGGAGAGAUUUGGGACAUCUAUUUGUUUUCUUACUACAAACAAGUCUUCCAUUUAUAAGAUCACUUCAUUCUUUAACCGUGAAACAAUAUGUAACCUAUGACCAAUUUUUUAAAGCUUGAGAAAAUAGUUCGAUUUUAUAAAAGAACUCAUAAAUUUUAAGGUAA